AUAUUAGAAAACAGAAACCAGUUGUCAGUUGACUGACUCAGACUCUUUUACCAGUCAACCCUUCACAUUUCCACCUAACCCGAAAACUGUAGCUUCUAGAGGAUGAGGAAGGCUUCGUGGAGGCUGGGCACAGGAGGAGCAUCCAUAUCCGCUCCAUGGUCCGCCACCAACUGCCACCGGAUUCGAGCAAAACUGGCCUGAAUCCGACUGAUCAGUAAUUUAGAUCGAAUCGAAUACGAGUUUUCUGUUUUUUGCGUGUAGGGAGUUUACGGAUGCUCGUAUAUCAUGGCAGUGGCGUUGGUUGGAGGGGCUGCGAUAGGAGCACUGUUUGGAGUACUGUAUGAUGUCGUAAAGGAAUCGAUGGGAAGGACUGUUAUGCAGUACAAACCCCUCCUUGAAGAUCUCAAGUUCACACUUGACUGUUUACGACCGCGGAUCAUCCAAGAGAUAGGGGAUCAUAACGUGGCACUGGGUCUCCCAAACGAUGACAUAGAACGUCUCCAACAACAAAUGGAGGAGGGUAUAAAGCUCGUUGGCAGGUUAUCGAAGCUUAGCAUGUGGAACUGCUACGUCUUAUGCAGUUGCUGCAAAUGCUCGAAGCCGAGCUACACCGAUCGACUUAUUCAGUUGGAUAGGUCUCUUAAAGCACUGUUAGAAGUGCUGAGGUUGCAGGAAGCAAGGGACAUGAAGGAGAACUUGCUUUUGAAUAGGAAGAUAUACGAAAAACAAGAUGAAUUGGCAACAAGGCAGUCGGAAAUACUGAAAAUUGCUGGGGAGAUACUGCGAGCGCAGCAGGAAGAUAAGGGUGUGCAAGAGCCUUCAGGAAGUAGUACACAAACUGUGGUGCAGGAGCAAAUUGGAGGCAGUGGUGUGCAGCAAGCGGCAUCAAUAAACAGAGGAGGAGCUGCUCUAGGAGCAGCGUUUGAGGUACUAUUUAGUGCCGUUCAACAAACGAAGGAGAAGACGAGGAUGUUUAAACGCAUCCUGGGACAUCUCGAGUCCAUGCUAGACUCUAUAAAGCCAUUGAUAGAAGAGAUUGCAGAAUAUAACAAGGUAUUGCAUCUUACAGAGGAAGAACUAGAAAGUUUUAGAGUAGAGAUGGAGACGGGUGUAGAGCUCGUUCGCAAGUGCUCAAAGGUUAGUCUUUGGGCAAGCAACAAAAAGUAUGAAUAUACCAACAAACUUCUUGGAUUAGAUGAAUCUCUUCAAAGAUUGAUAAAUAUACUGAGAGUGCAACUAGCAAGGGAUGCGACAGAAAGCUUGGUUUCGGUAACUAAUAUAGAGACGGUGACCAUGAAAAUUGAAGAGAGUGGUAUCAUACAAUACGAUCCAUUAGUUGAACUUCCAUCGGGGUACGGGGGAGAGUCUUCAGGAAGUGGCGCAGAGACAACACCGCAUGAACAAAAUCGAGAGAAUGGUGGACAACAAAUGGCGCCGUCAGGUGAAGGAGUAGGGGCUGCUGCUCUAGGAGCGGCGUUAGCAAGGGAUGUGAGGGAGAGCUUGGUUUCGGUAAGCAAUAUAGAGGCGGUGAUCAAUCAAAUUGAAGGGAGUGGUGUGGUAAAAUUACAAAAUGAGCAAAAUGAAGCUAAAGGUUCAUGUGAAGUGCCCGCAGCCAUGGCUAAGAGUGAAGUACGAUUGAAUGCACUAAGUGUGGAGGGAACAAGGGACUUGACUGAGACAUUGGAUCCGGAAGCGAAUAUAAUGGUAGGGUGGCAAAAUGUUGAAGACAGUUGGGUGGCACAAAGUAAAACUGAACAUCCAUCUCGUACACUUGGACUGGAUGCGAUGAACAUGCAGGUGGGAGCAAGGAGUAUGGAGGAGACCUCUGUAAGUCAUGUAGAGGAGGGGCUAAAGCGAAUUCAGUGCGAAGAAGUAUCCGAACCUGAUGCGCCAUUUAGGGAAUUGAAGGAGGAUGUUCUUAAGGAUGAGGAAGAUGAGGAACUUGAUGUGCAAGUGGAAGAUCAUCAUGACAGGAAGAAGAAAGGAGCUGAGUCUGUGACAGGUGCAAGUGGAGUCAGGAUGGCGAUUUGUAAAGCUGAUGGGUGUGCAGUCGAUCUGAGUGAUGCAAAGGUGUAUAAUAGAAGGCAUACGGUGUGCGAACUUCAUUCAAAGGCUCCACUUGUGAUUGUGUCGGGUCUAAAGAGAAGGUUUUGCCAUAAAUGCAGCAGAUUUCAUGAUCUAUCAGAAUUUGAUGACACCAAACAAAGUUGUCGUAGGCAUUUGCCCUACAUUGAACGUGAUGGUACAUGCACUCAAGUAAAGGACGUAAGUGGUGAUAUAGAUACGGUGAUUAGUCAAAUUGAAUGGAGUGGUGUGGUACAAUCACAAAAUGAUCAAAGUGAAAUUAAAGAUUCAUGUGCAGUGGUCGAAACCACAUCACCAGCAGUUGGAUUGAAUAUAUCGAGUGUGAAGGGAACAAGGGAUGUAAAGGAGACAUUGCAGACCUCAGCAAGUAAUACAGAGGCAGGACUGGAGCAAAUUCAGGGGAAAGAAGUGCCUGAUUUUGAACCUCCGUACGCUGAAUAUAAGGAAACUGAAUACAUACCUUCAUCGGUUACAGUUGGCUUGGAUGUGCUUUUGAGAGGAUUGAAGAGGUUUCUUCUUUAUGAUGAGGUGUCAACGGUUGUGCUAACGGGUCCUCAAGGAAGUGGGAAAACCACAUUGGCAAAAUACUUCUGUGCAGAUGAGGAAGUUAAAAACAUAUUCAAGAACAACAUCUUCUUUGUUCUUGUUUCAAAAAAUCCAAGCUUGAGCCUUAUGGUACAAACACUACAUCAACAGAUUGAACCCAAGGGUUUCCAGAUACCUGCGUUGCAAGACGAAUCAAUUGCACUUCACUGGUUGCACCAAUUUUUCAUGGAAACAGCACUGCACCCAUCAGUGUUGGUCUUGGAUGAUGUUUGGCCUGGAUCAGAAUCCCUUCUUGACAAGUUUGAUGAAUUCAAAACACCAAACUACAAGAUUAUAGUGACAUCAAGGUCUGAAUUUCCAACAUUUGGUUGUCCAUAUUAUCUGAAAUCACUGAAUGCUGAAGAUGAGAUGACUCUUCCUCAUCAAUCCCACACACACAUCGAAUCACUGGAUGAUGAAGACCUGACAAGUGUUUCUCCGCCACCCUCCGUCACAUUUGAUGAUAAAGGCCUGAUAGAUCAUUUUCCUGAUUCCUCUGCGUCCAACUUGGGAGACAGACGCUCUCAUGUUUCAACACCUAUGGGGCCAAUGGAUCAAUUUCAGGAUUCCUCGGCAUCAACCUUGGGAGAUAAGAGCUCGUGCGUUCCAAAAGAUGCAGGGACAAUGUUUCCGCUUGACAACCUCGUCAAGUCUACGCAGACAUAUAUGCAGAAGCUGGUAUUCAAGGUCAAGAAAGAAAAGAAGAAAGCCAUGAAAGCUGUUUCUGGUGUUGAAGAUCUUCUCGGGCGAAAAAAAAAAGAAUCGGCCCUUGAUGUUUAUAUCGACAGUCGUAACCAAUCAGGAACUGCCAAAGGCUGGAAGCUAAUAGGUGCCCGGGAAGCAUUAAGCAUCAACCUCGCGACAUUUGAGAAGCCCCUUCAAAAGCUCACUUUUGCAGAUCUUCUUGAGGCCACCAAUGGUUUCCACGAUAACAGCCUUAUUGGCAAAGGUGGUUUUGGUGAUGUAUACAAGGCCCAAUUGAAAGAUGGCAGUGUCGUAGCCAUAAAGAAACUAAUACAUAUCAGCGGACAGGGUGAUCGCGAAUUCACUGCAGAAAUGGAAACAAUAGGGAAGAUCAAGCACCGGAACCUUGUCCCCCUCCUUGGAUACUGCAAAGUAGGAGAAGAACGGCUUUUGGUUUAUGAGUACAUGAAAUAUGGAAGCUUAGAUGAUGUUUUACAUGAACCGAAGAAAGCUGGCAUCAAGUUGAACUGGGCUGCAAGGAGGAAGAUUGCCAUUGGGUCUGCGAGGGGACUGGCCUUUCUUCACCACAAUUGCAUCCCACACAUCAUUCACAGGGAUAUGAAAUCGAGCAAUGUGCUGGUGGAUGAAAAUUUAGAAGCCAGAGUCUCCGAUUUUGGAAUGGCAAGGCUUAUGAGUGCAAUGGACACCCAUUUGAGUGUGAGCACUCUAGCAGGCACCCCUGGUUAUGUCCCUCCUGAAUACUACCAGAGCUUUAGAUGUUCCACGAAAGGUGAUGUUUAUAGUUAUGGAGUAGUAUUGCUUGAACUGCUAACGGGAAGACGUCCUGCAGAUUCAGCAGAUUUUGGCGACAAUAAUCUCGUGGGUUGGGUAAAACAACACGCUAAAUUGAAAAUAAGUGAUGUUUUUGAUCCGGAGCUCAUGAAAGAGGACGCAAGCCUUGAGAUUGAGCUUUUACAGCACUUGAAGGUAGCUUGUGCUUGUUUGGACGACAGGCCAUGGCGGCGUCCGACAAUGAUCCAAGUGAUGGCAAUGUUCAAGGAAACCCAAGCCGGGUCUGGGAUGGAUUCCCAAUCAACGAUAGCCACGGACGACGACGGAGUUUUUGGCGGAGUUGAAAUGGUAGAGAUGAGCAUGAAAGAAGUCCCGGAAAGCAAGCAGUAGGCCGGGAUAGGCAGAAGGCUGUUAUCGUCAGCUUUCUCAUAAGGAGUACGAGAAAAGAGAGGAGGAAGAGAGAGAGAUUCAUUACGCCCAGGUGACAGCAGUAAGAAAUCUCUCUUCCGGCUCCUCCGGUGGCUGUCCUUGUAUUUUGUUUGUAAUCUACAUAACGAUAAAAGGGAACUAAAGAAGCAAUCAUCCAAGAACGCAGCUUCAGAUGCCAACGAUAUCAAAGGUGUAGAACCAAUACUGUAAAGGUUUCAGAUAGCAAAACAGAAAACAGGUGUUAAUUGUUGUACUGUGUUCCUGCUAGGGUGUAUCCAUUUGCAUUUUCUAAGACAUUCAUUUUAUUCUUAAUUAUCUUUCAGUUUUGGUACAUCCAUUUGCUUUUAGGUU